AUGCCAGACGGAGCCGCUGAACAGGCUCACACUCAAUUGAAUCAGCAACCGUCGGCCGCUGGACAAGCGGCGUAUGUAGCUAAGAAUAUAUUGGCUCAAGCGGCGGCGCAAUCUGCGGCGACAGCCGCUGCAGCUUUGGCUGGCAAACAAAUUAUCGUGAUGGGUCUUGAACAACAGUCGAGGGACGCGUAUGUUGCUGUGGAUGGUGAAAAACAGCAGUUACAACAAGCUCAGCGUGCAGCUGUAGCCGCGAAAAAUGCAGCUCAACAGGCAAUGCACCAAGUACAAGUGAUCACCACGGCGUUAAACGCGGCGCAGGCAACUGCCGAGCAUGCUGCGCAAGCGGCAGCCGAGACAGCGGCCGAACUAGCAGCGCAGACAACGAUGGUUGGUCAGGCAAAAGCACGUGCCGAGGCUAUCGCAGAACAACUUGCAGCGGCACGCUUGGACUUCGAAACAACGCAAGCAGCGGCACAAAAAGCUGCCAACGCCGCUCAAACUGCGCAAAACAAUGCUGCAACCGCGGCUGCGCAUGCGGCCAACACUGCGGCUGCGACUACGGCUGCGUCUCAUCAUCCGGCUUCUUUGCACACCACCGCCGCCGCCACUGAACUGCUCGGCUUGACAGAAACCUUACCCGUAGAUGUCUACAAUUAUAAAACUUAUCAUCUUUAAAAAAUAGUUAUGUUUUUACUCUUUGUAAAUGCACACCCUUGCUUAGCAAUAUAAUGGCUUUUACAAGCCAUCUUCUUUUUUUUCCUAUUUCGCGAAAUUCAGCUAACGUGCCAGAUUGCACAAUAAAAUAUAGUUGCCAUCUU